AUGAACUCGUCUCUGAGCCAAGGGGUGCUGCCCCGCAGAGCCAAGAGCGGUAGCAGGCGAGCGGUCACCUCAUCUUCCUCGAGAACGGCGCAAUCCUACGGCGGGCGAUCAACAGCGUUCCGCUCAUGUCACAGCAGCAGCAGUGGCCGGCGACGAGGGGCCGUUGUUGGCGAUGCCUUUGGGACGUGCACGCGGGUGGCCUGCGCAGCCGUGAUAGCUCUCGUGCUGCUUGGGGACAACUCAUCGGCACGGUCAUCGCUUCCAUCUGACCGUCGGACGGCAGCAUCGGGGCACCACCGCCAACAUCACCACAUGGCAUGGCAACUGUUCGCGCCGAAAGCACGAUCGUCGCCGUCCGAGAGAGCCGCCGCAAGCCUGAACUUGAAGCGACGCACGCGGCUAGCCGGGGCGGACAGCGUGUCGGCCGUGAGCCCCGCGCAGAUGUACAGAGUAACGGAAGGGUCUUCGUCAGGUAGGGGACGGGGACAAAGGCGGCAGCACGAGCAGCGAUUUUCCCGAGACGACAGCGGCGGCAGAGAGGACGGCAGGAGCAGCAUCGAAGCGUUACAGUCCCCGCGUUCGGCGGAGCUGUUGACGGCGUACGCCUCGGCGUCCUCGGCUGCGGCCGCAGCGCCGCAACCCCCGUCGCAGCAACGACCGCCGUCAAUUGCCGAGUGCAUCGGGGGGGGAGUGGUGACUCAGGGGGAAGGGAGACCGGCGCUGCCGCUCUUGGACGAUGAGGACCUAACCCAGCUCCGCGCGGGGCAACGGGUGCAGAAGCAGACGAGGCAGGGGGGGUCCGGGUCGGGCAGCGUGGUGGUGGACGUGCGGGCCGACCCCGAUGUGGUGUUGGGGCUGCUGACCAAGUACGAGGACUACGCGGAGAUGAUCGACACCGUGAGGGAGUGCGAGGUGUUCCCGCAGGGGGAGACGGCGGACUCACGGAAGGUGGGAGUGAUGGUCAGCAGGUUCAAGCUCCACAUCCGGGUAGUGAUGUCUCUCCUCCGAGAGCGCAACAUGGUGCAGUUCGAGCUCGACCCGGACUGCACGAAGGCCGGCCGCGCGGUUUUGCGAGAGGCGACCGGCUUCUUCUACGUGGAGUCCCCCCCGGACCGACCGGGUUUCUCGCGGGUGUGGAUGCUGGCGAAGGUGGACGUCAACCGCUUCGUGCCGGGGGCCAUCGUCGACUACGCCGCCGGCCGCGCGCUGCCCCGCGCGUCGAACUGGAUCAAGCCCACCUGCGAAGCGGCGCAACGGAGAAAGCUGCGAGCAGCCACAGCGUAAAAGGCUGCGAGCAACGGAAAGAGUGAUGUUUUAUUUAUCAUGAAUGGAUGACCGGGGUUCCGCCCCCCUGUGGCAGCAGCGGUGUCCCUUUUAGAAGGGGGCCCAGUGUUUUGGAGUCGUGGCGGGGGGGAGGGGGGAGGGAGACGAUCGGAAAUUGGUUGCUAUGUCCGGAGAACAUGUUGCAAUGGGUCUCCUUUUUCCUUUCGAUACUGCCGGCGUUCCCCCCGUUGAUGUCAAUCCGGGUCUUAACUUUUUUCUUUCCUCGCGCGCGCUCGAUGGGUGCGUUUGUCUCGACGCGGACAUAUGGGCCACAUGCCUGUAUUUUCCGAUGAGAAUAUGCACACCGUUUUGGGAUACGCGUGACGUGACUUUUGAGGGCGCGAGGGUGCCCAAGUAGGUGCAUAGCGCUUGCGCUGUGGGGCCCGGAUUGCGAGUGCAGUUGGUAGAGACGUGUGAUUCAAGGAACAGAGCUGCGAGUGGUGCAGUGAGAUACGGCGGCUCCGGCGUCUGUUCGUUGGAAUUAGUUUUACUGGUACUCUCUUUUUCGAAAAUGUAGUGUGAGUUUCUCUUGGCAAAAAAAAACGAAAUUGAGAUUGACUUGUGGACUUUUAUGUUAUUUUUGUUGCAUGUGAAGGCCUGUUAGCAUUGCGGGGCGGCCGGGCCCUCCGUUGGAGAAAAUAUUGUAGAUCAUCGUCAACAAAACUCUCAAGACAAGACUCUUGGGUGUCCGGGUUGAAGGAUCAAUGUUUUCUCUGUGAGCAGAGGGCUGGUGUCGCUUCACGUGGAUUUUGUAAAGGGAGGAAUUGGAGACACCUUGGGCGAAGUGUUGGUGCGACAUUUAAAAAACGCUGAGAACAAUCGAGUGUGAAUCCACGUGG